AUGCCACCAAAGCGCGCUGCUAGCUCCAGCAAACGCAAAGCAUCGAAUUCAGACUCUGAAGAAGAGUUCGAGAAAACAACGAAGAAGCCUAAAGCCGUGGUCACUGGCACCGAGUCUGAUAGAGCACCAAAUGGUCAACCUACUAACAAGGUGCUACCAACGGCUAUCAGCUUUCCCUCACGCACAGAGAACUCGGUUAGAAUUGCGUCAUGGAAUGUAUGCGGUUUGGCUGCCAGCCAAAAGAAGGGUUUCAAAUACUAUGUCGAGGCGGAAGACCCUGAUAUUCUUAUACUGACGGAAACGAAGGUCAACAAUGAGCCCGUAGAUCCCAGCUUGACGGAGAAAUUUCCCCACCGUUAUUGGUCAAUAUCCGAGAAGAAAACUUAUUCUGGGACCGCCAUCCUUUCCAAGCACAAACCCCUUAGUGUCGAGAAGACAUUACCGGGCCAUCCCGAUCCGGGAUCUGUCAAGGGCCGCAUAAUUACACUCGAGUUUGAGAAUCAUUAUCUCGUCGCAACAUACGUCGUGAAUGCAGGUGAAAAAUUGAAGACCAUGGAUGCUAAGAAGACAUGGAACACACAUUUUGAGGCCUAUAUCAGAGACUUGGACAAAAAGAAGCCCGUGAUAUGGGGUGGAGAUCUCAAUGUGGCCCCAACGGAAAUUGACUUGAGCAAUGCCAAAAGAAACUGGAAUAAAACACCCGGGUACACCGAGGCGGAAACGACUGCAUUCAAGAAUAUCUUGAAUCCUCCUGACGAUACAAAAGAUGCGAACAAGUUUGUGGACGUUUGGAGGAAGCUUCACCCUGACGAUCACCAUUACACAUAUUGGUCGUAUAGGUUCAACUGUCGUAGCAAGGGAAUCGGGUGGCGAUUGGAUAUGUUUGUCCUUAGCGAGCGAAUAGUAGACCGCGUCAAGAUGUGCGAUAUCAGGAGCGACAUAUACGGUGCUUCAGAUCACUGUCCCCUGACGAUCGAGAUCGAAAGUCCUCUUUAA